AUGGUGAAUCAGAAGAGACUGACACAAAUAACAGGACCGUGUUUCCUUCACCAGACAACAUACUCCGACGGGGAGAUAUACCGCGGGAAGAGGCUCUGUCAGCUGGCCAAGCAAGACCUCCUGGCUCGAGAAUGGACAGUGCAACUGUCAUCGAGCAAGCAGCCGAUUGUUCGGCAGCUGUCCAGGAAUAUUGAGAUUGUUAAAGCACUGGAUAAACUCCUGCCUUACCCGGGGCUCUGGACGGGGUUGAGAAUUGACAACCUGUAUAAAUACCUUGCACUGCAGUGUGUCGAGCAGAUUCUCAACUACCUCGGCCACAUACAUCACGUCUGGUCAACAAUAACGGUGGGCAUCAUGCCGGAAACGGUUGACAACAGUUCGGUUGGUGUCCUGCAAGGCCGUGCCCCGUCCGUCGCAACAGACCGUAUUUACAUUGAGCACAUGUUCAACCAGAAUCAGAUCUUUGUCCGCGUUUCCGACCCUGCAACCCGCAGCCGGCUUUUAGAAAGGAUACUGUCAUUGGGCAAGAUGAUACCCAGCAUAUGGACAUUUGAAAAGAGCAUGAAGUAUUUCGAGCUGGGUGCGAGAAUUCUGAGGCGCGAGCUGUUUGCAGGCCAAGAGAAUGUCGAUCCGGAAGCCAAUGUCAAUCCGGGGACCAAUGUGAACCCGGAGGCCGAGGAGCCCACGCUCCUCCAGAGACUCAAGUGGCAAAAUCCAAUGACACCUACCGUCGAGGUGGCCGAGGGGGUCUUUGUUGAGUCUACUGUCAUAACUAAGGAGAAAGCACUCAAAGCGCUCUUUCUAUUCCCCCUGCGGCACUUCCCCUUCUUGGGACCCGAUCCGCUGCUCCAAAAUGUAAAGGGCGAAGGUAUCGUAGCGGGCCUAAGCGACCUGCAUUCGCUUCAUCUCCGUGCCCGGGCCAGGGAAUUUGGGUUUGUGUUGAGUACGCUCGAUCAGGAACUGUGCCAAUUAUAUCCCCUUGUCGUAGACCCCGUGAGCACAAAGCGACGGUCUAUGCCUUGGAGAGGUGGCAAGCCCUUUGUCAGUACGUUCUUUGAGCUACGACCAGUCGCAUUUCUUCCUACUCUAGAUGCAGCCGAUCCAUGCAGCGGCGUCACCCCUGCGUUUGUAUUAAAGCACUUUAUGGAUGCAUAUUUCGGCGCUUCUUCCUACGCGAUGGACGUGCCGGAUUCUAUGGACGAAUCCGGCAUGUCGUCACAUAGUCUGCCAGCGCCUUCAGCGCAAGCACCCGUCGGCUCCCCACGCUCAGGAGAAGGCACAGUCCAUUUACCACCAAUUGGAUCACAAUUCAGUAACAAGCCAAAGGAGCACCACGGGCGAGCCGAAGAGGGGGCUCGGCACGCCGGAGAACCGGUAGGAGAUAAUACCAAGGAAAUACCGGUGAACGGCGAACUCUGGACAAGGCCCCCGAACGCGCCUACUUCACGAGAAUCCAUAGACCAGUUCGACGUUCAGCUCCCUGAUCGAUCAGCACAACGCUCCCCGAUCUUCACCCCGGAACCUGAGGGCAACACACAAGCAAGUCUGGAAGCUAGUGCAGGGCAGUCAAGCCUAGCUGGACAUGCGAGCUCGACAGUCUUCCGUCCUGGUGUGGCACUUGACGCCAGCGUAUUCAGCCCCCCUACGCAUCCGCACCCGAGGCCUAGGACGUACCUCAAGAAGGAGCAUAGGAAGAAAGAUAAGGAGAAGAGAGGACUGAAUAAAAUCCGGAAAAAAUCCCUCGGCGAGCCACUGAGCACCGGAGGCAAAGGCAAGGAGAGCAUGCCGAGACCGCGCCGGGACAGCGAUAAUGUUCCGGCAGAUCCUCAGCGGGACGACCAAUAUAUUGAGCGUGAAAGAUCACCACCGGAAGACACAAAACGUCACGGGAGUUCAGACGCGAUAGCAGGAAGCCAUACUCCAUCUUCUGCUACCCAGGGUGCCUCCGGCUCGCGACGGUCUCGUGAGGGGGGUGUUUGGGCCCAACAAGCCACAAGCAGUAAAGAGGUGACAGGAACUCCGGGCCAUACAGAGGAACAUCCCAAGCGUGGAGCUUUUGCUCGAACGAAGGAGGAGUACCCUGUGUACGAAGACUGGCCUAGUGAUACGGAGAUUCCAGUCCCCACUAGGGAGAGGUCGGCACCGGCAUCUUCAGAAGAUGACGGGAUUUUGUGA